GCAAACUUUGUAUUGAGGUUACUCCUGAUAGCAAGAUCGCCUUCAUAUCUGAAGAAUUAUGUAUCGGUUGCGGCAUAUGCAUUAAAAAAUGCCCGUUCGGUGCAAUUAUGAUCAUUAACCUUCCCACGAACCUUGAAAAAGAAGUCACUCAUCGAUAUUCAGCAAAUUCUUUUAAACUUCACCGUUUGCCAGUUCCUAGACCAGGUCAAGUUCUUGGUUUGGUUGGUACUAACGGUAUUGGUAAAAGUUCUGCACUAAAAAUUCUAGCUGGAAAGCUAAAGCCGAAUUUAGGAAGAUUUGAAGAUCCCCCAGAUUGGCAAGACAUUUUGAAAUAUUUUCGUGGCUCAGAGUUGCAAAAUUAUUUUACUAAAAUUUUAGAAGACAAUUUAAAGGCCAUUAUCAAACCCCAAUAUGUCGAUCAUAUUCCGAAAGCUGUCAAGGGAACGGUUACAGCUUUAAUUGAUGCCAAAUUAGAACGAAAUAACAAGGAAAAAAUGAUUAAUGAUUUAGAUCUACGCGAUGUUUUGGAUCGUCAAGUGAUUGAUUUAUCUGGUGGAGAACUUCAACGAUUUGCUAUUGCAGUGGUGUGCAUUCAAAAUGCAGACAUAUAUAUGUUUGACGAGCCAUCUUCUUAUCUAGAUGUUAAGCAACGUUUAAACGCUGCUAGGACGAUAAGAUCUUUAUUACAGCCUGAUUGGUUG